AUGGGUGUAGGAUACCUUGGAAGAUCGAAAAAGGGGGUAGAAGAAAAGUCUGAUGAUGAAACUGAAACUGAAACUGGAGAUAAUGCAGAAGGAGAGAAAGUUAUUGAAGUAGAACCCGGAGCAGUUCCAACAAGUGAUGGUACCAGCUUUUCCUUCAAUGAGUGGGCUGUUCACUUAUUUUUUCCUCCUGAUGCUGUAUCUGAGCGUACGUCAAUAGUGGUUCAUUUAUGGAAUUACAGUGUUCGCUCACCCCCGCUGCAGGAGCAUGAAGCCAUCACUAGCAAUGUUAUUGAACUAUCUUCCGUGAAUGGCGAAGAACUAAAAUUUAACACCAAGGUGAAGCUAUCAUUAUCCCACAGCGCAACAGGCCUAUUAGGCUACGAGAUAGUGAUAAAAAAGCUGAUUGACAAGGAGACGAAUACUUGGGAAGACGUGGAUGGAACCAGGGACAUACGUUGUCCUCAAGACUUCGAAGACAAUCAUCCUCCUCACAUGAAAAUACCGGACGAUUUCUUCCCAGUUGCUCAAGCUGAUAUAUCCGAGUGCUCAACGUACGCAGUAGUUUGCCGUCUCAAGGCUUCUUCAACUAACAUCAUCACAUCUGGUGGCGGCUCAUUCAGCCAUCCUGACUUCCCGGGAGUGGAAGUUACAAUCCCUGAGAAUUCUGUUGCACCUGAAGCAACGUUUCCGUUUGAGUUGAAGGUGCAAGAGGUUCCAAAUACAGAAUUUGAAGAGGAGGACAUAAUUCUUGGACCUGUAUUGCGAAUCAAGUGCAAAGAAGCUGUCCAGUUUUCGAAACCUGUCACUAUUCAGCUGCCAAUUUCUCUUCAAGAGCAACAAGACUUCAAUCUAAAUCCUACAACAUGUCACGUCAGAGUGCUGUUCCUCAAGUCCCAUGAUAAACAAAAAGAAUGGAUUGAUAUCACUGAUGAUCUUGUGGAACCGCCAACUCUUGAUGGAAAGUUUGUAAGGUUUCAUGUGAAACGGUUCUCGGCCUAUGCGCCUAGCGUUAUGAGUAGAAACAAAAACUCCAGGUUUCAUAAACAAAGAACUACAAAUCGCCUUAAUAGCAGCAUUUAUAAGCAGCCCAGAUUAGCAGUCUUUUUCGCUUACUUUCGUCCUGAUCUUUUAAGAAUUUUGUGUUUGAAGAGUUGCCUUGCUCACCUUAAAGUAAAGGUGUUAAAGGAUCUUGAAAAACAAUGUAUAACGCCCGUUUGCAGCAACUCGAAGAGAGAUAUGACACCUGGGCUCGAUGAGGCAUCCGUGUCGGUAUCAGGAGGAAUAUACCCUUACAUAAGGAGAGAAAUGGGAGAAAUUCUUCUCAGAAUUUUAGAGCACCAUCCAGACGAUGCUGAACUGGAGGUUUGUUUCCGCAAUGACAAAGAAGUAGCACGAGUGGAAUUUUACAGCACCUUAAAUGCUAGAGCGCCUCUUUUGUGCAGAUUACAUUUAAAAAUGCCCAUUCAGGGUACGGAUCGUUUGAACUUGAGGGAACGUACGCGAAAUCCUAGUGCAGUGAAGGAAGGCAGUCCAACGGACAAUGACCUUGAACAUCUGUCAACAAAAAUCUCUAACGAUUGGAAAACGCUUGGGCGACGACUCUCUUUCAAUGAAGCACAGUUGCAAGAAUUUGAUAGCGGCCAUAAAAAAGUAUCCGAAAAAGCAUACGCCUUGUUGUUAGCCUGGAAACAAAAAGGCGGCUCAAAUGCUACCUACAGUGUUCUGAAGCAAGCGCUGUGUGACCAGCGCGUGAACCGUAGAGAUUUAGUACAACAAUUUUGUUGUUACUGA